AUGCCUGAUGUCAAGCGGACAGUCAAACUCGUGACCGAACAGAGCAUCAUCCAGGGCCGAGAUUCAGGCGUGGAAGGAUUCCCUCUUCGAUCAUGGUCCAUUGAGGUCUACCUCCUGAACGAGCAUGGCGAGGAAGUGCCAGCCACCGUAUUUGACAAAGUGAUCUACCGUCUCCAUCCCAGUUUCGGCGCGCGCGCAACUCAGACUAUCAAGAAUGCUCCAUUCCGUAUUCAGGAAGAAGGAUGGGGUGAGUUCGAUAUGCAGAUUGGAUUCGUUGCCGACAAGGAACACACGAUUUCACACGAUCUCAACUUCCAGCAAUCCCGCUACGAGUCGAAGCACACAAUUACCUUCAAGCACCCCAAACCAGCUCUUCUUGAGAAAUUGCGAGAGUCCGGGCCCGUCCCUGGCGAGGAAAACGGCGUCAAGUCGAAGCGAGGAGCUACCGGCGAGGAAAGCGUUAAGAAGAAGAAGAAAACCGAGAAGAACAUCGACAUGGACAAACUCGCCGACGGACUGCAGAGACUCGGUGAAGACGAUUUACUCCAGGUAGUGCAGAUGGUACACGACAACAAGGCUCCCGACUCGUAUACAGUGAACGAUGUUGAGCAAGGCGAAUUCCACGUCGAUCUGUACACACUGCCCGACGCACUGAUCAAAAUGCUCUGGGACUUUGUACAUCAGAAAGGCGCUGCUUGA